UCUGUAUAACCUCUGGUCAGUUUACACAGAUCGAGAAAGAAACAUGCAUAAACGUACUAAAACUUCGACUGAUCAACUGCGCAAAACAUCACAAAGAACAUGACGUCUGAGGGAGCGAUGUUGACGUCCGCAGCAGCGAUGGCGACGAGACGGAAGCCGUCGUGGAGAGAGAGGGAGAACAAUAGGAGGAGGGAGAGGAAAAGAAGAGCUGUAGCGGCGAAGAUUUAUAACGGUCUCAGAGUUCAAGGUAACUUCAAUCUUCCCAGGCAUUGUGACAACAAUGAAGUGCUUAAAGCUCUGUGUUCCGAAGCUGGUUGGGUGGUCGAAGAGGACGGAACCACUUAUCGCAAGGGACAUAAGCCUCUUCCUGAUGACAUGGCUGGAUCAUCUUCUCGUGCCACUCCUUACUCUUCUUAUAACCAAAGUCCUUUUGAAAGUCCCAUACUUUCUUACCAAGUCAGCCCGUCAUCUUCUGCAUUCCCGAGCCCUUCUCGUAGUGGCGACACACACAACAUCUCCACCAUCUUCCCUUUCCUCAGGAACGGUGGGAUUAAUCCUUCAUCGCUUCCUCCACUUAGAAUCUCAAACAGUGCUCCUGUCACUCCACCUGUCUCAUCCCCACCUUCUAGAAACCCUAAGCCAUUACCCACUUGGGAGUCUCUUACCAAACAGACCAUGGCCAAUGCUGCUAGACAAUCAGUGUCAUCUUUUAACUACCCGUUCUACGCUGUAUCUGCACCAACGAGCCCCACUCAUCAUCGCCAGUUCAAUGCACCGGCUACUAUACCUGAAUGUAAUGAGUCUGACUCUUCCACUAUUGAUUCGGGUCAUUGGAUAAGCUUUCAAAAGUUCUCACAACAGCCGUUCCAUGGCGGCUCUUCAGUUUCACCCUCUCCAACCUUCAAUCUUGUCAAACCUCCCUUACCACAACAAUUAUCUCCAAACACUUCAGCAGCCCAAGAGAUUGGUCAAAACAGCCAAGUUAAGCCAUGGGAAGGGGAGAGGAUCCAUGAUGUGGCUAUGGAGGAUCUUGAGCUCACACUUGGGAACUCUAAAGAUCGUAGCUGAGAUGAAGACCAAAAGAACCCGUUGUGCCAUGUUGAAAGAGAGGAUUGGAGUAUCAUCGAGUGUGUGUCCAAAAGCUUUAUAUUUGUAGAUAAAAUGUGUCGUAAGAUGUAUUUUCUACUAUCGUUCCUUUUAGAUCUUGUAAAACAUUACAAAUAUUUUAUUACAAAUAUUACAAAUAUUUUAUUA